CCAAGAUGGCGCUGCCCAUGCGACGAAUGACGUGCAGCAUUUAAUAAAUAAACAAAUGAUGAUUACUUGUCGGCACUGAGGAUCCCUUUCGCCGAUAUUAUCACCAUGAGUGCUAAAAGAAAGGAAGCUUUCACCAAUAAAGUGCUUAAUAGACUGUAUCCAUCAGAACCUUUGCUGCAGAGGACGAGUCUGCUUAACGUUGAUCAUGCUAAGAUGAUUGAAGGACCUUUUGAGGUAAAGACAAGUGUAAAAGCUAAGGCAUCACAAAAUACAUGUAGUUUAGUAGACAAUCUUCACCACUCCCAUAGAUUAUACACAGUUUGUAUGCCACCUGGAGGGGUUUCUAUGGUAACAGAAGAAGGCCCAUGUGAUGAUGAGGAUGAAACAUCAGAAAGUUCACUAUCUGAAUCAGAAAUGACAGACAGAAAAAGAAGAAAGAGAAAAAGACGUAGAGGAAAGUUUAGCAAAAAUGUUUGCUGCGAUACAGUGAGAGUUUCCGAAACAACACAUUCUGUGAAUGACUCAAGUAAAGAAGAGACAAAAUUGACUAAAAACCAAAGACGAAAAAAGCGAAAAAAGAAGCGACAUUUCUUUCAGAGACUUGAGCAAGGAGGCAAGUCAAAAGUUAAUUGCGUUGAAUUCACCUACACACCCGAGUUGAAAGGUGAAAAAUCAGAGGUUGAGACCACAGAGGAGAAAAUCCAAGAAUUACGUACCUUUCUCAGCAAUGUUUGGGAUGUUUAUAUUACUGAAGCUCACCUCAGUAGAGAAACUGCAAUGGUACAGCAACUGGAAACUCCAUUCAAUCGUCUUCUAACGAGUCUUAGCAAUACAGAUUCAACAGCUGUUACUCCAAUGAUAAAACUGAGACAGUCGUUAAGUGCUGGAAAUGAAAUAGAUAUCCAGACAUGGAUGAAACAAGUCAAGGAGGACAGUUCAUUACAUGAAGAGGAAAUGAGUGUUUUUCUGCUCCUCAUUAAAUAUUGGAUAAAGAUGAAUCACGACAGCAGUGCUACAAGCUGA